ACACACACACUCCACAGCCCACAGCCCACUCCAUCCUCUCUCCCCCAAUUCCCCAUCCGCUGCUCAUCAGUCGCACGUACCACACCAGCAUCCUCGCACGGUCGCGACCCCUCCCGCACCUCACCAGGUAGAGAGAGAGACGACGGCGGUGGUGGCGGGAUGUUCCUGCGGCGGAUCCUGAGCGGCGGGGGAGGGGUGGCGGCGCUGCGGGCGGCGCGCGCCGUGAAGGAGACGACGGGGAUCGUGGGGCUGGAGGUGGUGCCCAACGCGCGGGAGGUGCUCGUCGGCCUCUACACCCGCACCCUCAAGGAGAUCGAGGCCGUCCCCAAGGACGAGGGCUACCGCAAGGCCGUCGAGUCCUUCACCCGCCACCGCCUCCAGAUCUGCCAGGAGGAGGACGACUGGAAGCGCAUCGAGGACCGCAUCGGCUGCGGCCAGGUCGAGGAGCUCAUCGAGGAGGCCCAGGACGAGCUCAAGCUCAUCGCCAAGAUGAUCGAAUGGGACCCAUGGGGUGUUCCUGAUGACUAUGAAUGCGAGGUUAUUGAAGAUGACACACUUAUCCCGAAACAUGUUCCGCAGCAUCGGCCUGUUGCACUCCCUGAGGAGUUCUUCAAGACACUAGAUGCUGUCAAAUCUGAUCCUGCUCUGCAGGGUGAGUCUCCUCCUCAAGUGAAACCAUAAAGACGUGAACUCUCCAAGAUCUACCAUUUGCACCAUUUUGCUGCGUGGAGUAGACUAUAGAUUAGUUUCAUGUGUUCUUUGCCAGCAAUAUUUGCUUGGUUGUUCCAAGCAGAAUAAAGUUCUACCGAGCACUACAAAGAAUGUGUUUAAACUGAGUGCUUCCACACAGUGAAAUGUGUGAUAUUUGAUACUGUGGACAUCAUUUUCUUUUUCUCUGUAUUAAUCUAUGGUGACGAAAAGCAAACGUUUUACUGUUAUCUACGGACUGCUUGAUGUGCUCUAAAA